AUGGCAAUGGGCGUGUGGCGUGGAACUACAACGAUGCAGGGCAGGAGCUUCAUCUUCCUCCUUGUUGUGCUGUUGGCCGUGGCGACCGGCGUUUCCGGCCGAACCACGUACACGGGCAGCAGCAACACUGCAAGUGCUAGUGGUGCACGAGUGACGACGCCGCCGGUGACGGGGAAGAAGCAAGGCCAUGGCCAUGGGGUGAAGCCGGCGCCACAGACGAAGCCGAACACCAAGCAGGUGCCUGCGCUGGUGGUGUUCGGCGACUCCAUCGUGGACCCGGGGAACAACAACGCCAUCCACACCAUCAUCAAGGCCAACUUCCCGCCCUACGGCCACGACUUCGGCGCCGACCACCGCCCCACCGGCCGCUUCUGCAACGGCAGGAUCCCCACCGACUUCAUCGCCUCCAAGCUGGGGCUCAAGCAGCUGCUGCCGGCAUACCUGCAGCAGUCCCCGAACCUCACCGCCCACGACCUGCUCACCGGCGUCAGCUUCGCGUCGGGCGGGACCGGCUACGACCCGCUCACAGCGCAGCUCGCCUCCGUCAUCUCCAUGACGGACCAGCUCCGCAUGUUCGACGAGUACAAGGCCAAGGUCCAGGCCCUCGCCGGCAACGCCGCUCUCUCGGAGAUCCUCUCCAAGGGAGUCUUCGCGGUGUGCGCCGGCAGCGACGACGUGGCCAACACCUACUUCACCAUGCGGGCGCGCAGCUCCUACUCGCACGCGGACUACGCGUCCCUCAUCGUGUCCCACGCCGGCGCCUUCCUCGACGGCCUGCUCUCCGCAGGGGCCAAGCGAGUGGCCAUCAUCUCCAUGCCGCCCAUCGGGUGCGUGCCGUCCCAGCGCACGCUCUCGGGCGGCAUGGCUCGGGACUGCUCGUCGGGCCACAACGAGAUCGCCGAGAUGAUCAACGCCGGCAUGGGCACCACCGUGGAGUCGCUCAAGGCCAAGCACCCGGGGGCGAGGGUGGUGCUCAUGGACAUCUACGGGUACUUGUUGGACAUGAUGAUGCGCCCGGAGGGGUACGGGUUCAAGGAGUCCACGCUGGGCUGCUGCGGCACGGGGAUGAUGGAGGUCUCCGUGCUGUGCAACGGCGUCACGUCGGCGGUGUGCGGCGACGUCACCGACUAUUUGUUCUGGGACAGCUACCACCCCACGGAGAAGGCGUAUCGUAUCCUCGUCGACUUCGUCUAUGACAACUACCUCAAGGAGCUCAUCGACUGA